AUGGCUGACCACAAUCAGCCUAGGCCCAGGCUACGAUCCACAGAAACAUCAAGGAGUCACCCACUCGCAGCUACCCCCUCUCACCCUUCACUCACUCGGCGCACAUCAACAGGAGUUGCUUCAGGAGGGGCCCAGCUCACCCCCUCUAUGUCAUUACCCGCAAGUCAAGAUCUCUCCCCUUUUGCCCAAGACUUUCAUCCUCCAACGUAUCAUAGACCACAUGCAAAUACUAUUUCCACGGCUCGACCAUCUCGUCGUACAGGGAAUGGACUGAGUGAGGCCCAACUGCUCGGCGUAGAGUCCAGCAGACGUAGUGGUCAUUGGUCCAACCUCACUUCGCCUACUCUGCACAACCACCCUAUAGUAGAAGAUCAGCAGAUCAGUCAGUAUAGAUCACCCAAAAGAGGCGAUUCAUCAAGCUCUAGGCUGUUUGGUUAUCUGGAUAGUCUCAGUAAAGAGGAAUUAGCUAUCGUAGAGACUAGAUUUGAUCUCAUGACAGAUGAUGAGCUAAGGCAGUAUAUCAGAAAAAGCCCUUCGUCACCUCCAACGCCACUGGAAUCUUCCACUAGCGAGUCACUCAAUCCUUCAAGAGAUGACACCGCUCCUCCUCGACCAGAUUCUGCCGAUCAUCCACCUCUGUUCCCGCCUUCACCUCCUGCCGGCGAUCCCGUUCUGGUCCCCUCCGAUCAUCCCCUCAAAGUGCUCAGUAAAGCUAUAGCAGAGUUGCGAGAAGUGAUCGAGAGGGUAGAAGAUGAGAAUAUAAAGCUGAAAAAGGAGAAUGCAGAAAAGAGCAAACCAAAGACCAGACGUAAAUCUGCAGAUCAGAUAUCAAUCCAUGAUGGUCUCACCGAGGCAAUAUCCACCUCACUCACUUCCAGCUCCCCUAUCAACGAAAUACCCUCCAACCCUUUGGUAAUCCCCAGCGACGUCUCAUCUGUCCGGUCCAUCUCCCCAACUCCAUCCAACAGAAAGACCAGAAGACCACCUUCCAUCGCUUCUUCCUUAUCUGUCCCCUUCCCAUCAUCUCCCAUCACUCCUUCCAUCCCUCCUACUCGCUCUUCUGGCUCCACCAGGGGCACCGAUACAUCUGGAGGUGCUCAAGCGAAGAAGAACAAUAGGUCGACUUGGACAUCUGGAUUGUGGGUUUGGAGUGGGGCCAAGAAGACGGUCUCUAGUAAUCAACAGGCCAAGGGACAAGGGAAUUCACCUAUACCAACCGAAGAGACCUCUCUGACCACCUCUGAAUCCGUUAUAACAGACGAAGAUGACCCCGAAGCAUGGCGGAAAGGCGAUGGAGGCAGUAGUCCCGCUUUUAAGGCGAUCUUCCUAGCUACGCGAAUCAUCACCCCCGACCCAUCAUCUAUAUUACUCUCUUCUGAGAUUCCGUCAAACUCACUGAUAGCCUACCUGGCUCACUCGUUGAUUAGCAAUGCGCGGGACGACGGUAUUGUAGCUCGAGAUGCUGUAUCGGAUAGGCAGCGUUCCAGGGACAUUUCCCGAAGUCGUGCGACCUCUGUUGGCAGUCAGUAUCCUUCAGUAGAUCAAGACAAGACCAGAGAAGGGAAAGGUGCUGGGUAUGGGGAUCAAGCUCUUGCUGCGACCGCAUCUUUAGGUCGAACCUUGCUAUCUUCAGUGUCCAAUGCUACGAUCAGAGGUACAAGAGCGAUAAGCAAUAUCACCGACGAACCCAGACCAUCUCUACUCCAGCGUACAUCGUCUUCACGUGCUUUCCCAACCACGGCUAUAUCUGCACCUUCUGCUGUAGGUCAAUCGGGGUCAUCGGCGACGUCACCCACAGAGGAAAGACCCCUUCCUUCGGUGGAAUUAUCAUCCAUCGUACCCGAUGAUAUCCGUCCUCCGACUGUCACCCUAUCCAGGCAGAAUCUAGGCUCGUUCUUCCAAAACACGAAGACGAAAAUAGCCACUGCCAGUCGAUUUGAGAGUGAAGAUGAGCCAUUGACAGAUAGAUACGGGUUCAUAUACGAUAUCCAGCACGCCAAAAUGCUGAAGGACGCUUCUGCGGCUGGUACUUCCGCUCCAAUGUCGUUGAACGGUACCCUAGCACCUGUAGCGGACAAGGAGAACGAAGGGUGGAUAGCGAAAAGACGACGUGACUCGCACGGAAGUCAGAAAUCAAUGCAAACUCAGAGAGAACCCAAAUCCCCUGAUAUUAUUGACUCCACCUCUAUGCCUUCACCUCGAAGAUCUACCGAUUCAGUCCGUGUUCAGACACCUGAAAGUGGUUCACCGCCUAAAUCCCGUUCAUCAUCUCAUGUUGACACCCAUCGACAUAGAUCUUCCACUCUACUCAGUCUCAACCCGUCUCCUGCUAAACCAGUCACGGCGAAAGAUCACCUCACAGUAUCCUCCAGAGGAGCAUCAUCACUCCAACCCGCCAUUACACCUACCUCGAGCAACUCACCGCCAUUAUCCGCUUCUCUUACUCACUCGUCACCUAUUGUCGAUUCUCCCCUCAGCGCUAGUGCUAGUCGGUUGACCGUAUCAAGCUUGUUAGAGCAAUUGACAGAAAUACACGAUAGACAGCAGCAAGAGCGAUUGAAAGAAUGGGAUGCUUUCCUGAGACGAAGGGCAAGACAUAUACAUGAUACAUUAUCUGGUAGUAAUCAUAAAUCGGAUGAUCUCAGAUGGCGUUCGGGGCUGAUAGGGAUAAACCAAAUGGGCACGAGCGGGAAAGGAGGUCAGGAGGAUUGGAAGGUUUUCACGAGGCUGGUCAGGAAAGGUAUACCAUUAAAGUAUAGGAGUGAUGUUUGGGCUGAAUGCUCCGGUGCGAAAGACCUGAUGGUUCCAGGCGAAUACGCCGAGAUCCUCGCAGUGCACAAAGACGAUCUGUCACCUGUCCACGCGGACAUAGAGAAAGACGUAUCUCGCACCUUCCCCGGUAAUGUGUUUUUCGGAGGUGAUGGACCGGGCGUGGCUAAGCUCCGAAGGGUUCUGACGGCGUAUAGCUGGCACAAUCCGGCGGUAGGGUACUGCCAAGGAAUGAACAUGCUCGCUGCUACACUGCUCCUUACCCACACUGACGAAGAACAAGCCUACUGGGUGCUCACAUCCCUCAUCGACCGACUGUUACCUCCACAAUUCUACUCCGCUUCGUUGUUAGCAUCCCGUGCCGACCAAGUCGUACUGAAUGACCUGGUCGCCCAACUCGUACCAAAGAUACAUGAUCACUUGGAAGGACUGGGAGUGGAUCUAGCCAGUGUCACUUUCGGAUGGUGGUUGAGCUUGUUCACGGAUUGUUUGCCUGUCGAAACGCUCUUUAGAGUCUGGGAUGUUACAUUUGUCGAAGGACACGAUACUCUAUUCCGAGUGGCUAUAGCUAUUCUCAAACUCAACGAAGCGGAAAUAUGCGCUACAGAAACCGUCUCCGACUUAUUCUCAUUCAUAUCCAGCAUGACAUCUAGAUUAUGGAAUGCGGAUAAGCUGAUUGCGCUCCAACACUCCUACAAACCCAUCAUAAGACAUAUAGAUAUCGUAGCCCGCUGUGAAAAGGCCGUCGGUCAACUGCAAGAGGAGAUGGGUGAGGAGUAG